AUGUAUCUCGAAGACUGGAGCACCACUGGAGGAUUAGAAGCAAAAGAAAAAGAGGACUUGUCCCUCUCAACGUCUAAUCAGGAAGGAAUUCAAGGAGUAGGAGUGGAAAAUGAAAUGUCUUCAAAUGCAGGAAGUCCAUCACGGAGCUUUGAGGGCAUGAAGGUCUACGAGGUUAUCGGCACUCCCUCUCAAACUCAGGGGACAGGGCCUGAUGAGGUGCAGCAAACGGCUUAUGGCGUUAGACCGCAGGCAAUGGAAGGCAUGACGGCUGCCUUUUCUGCUCUUCCUUUUGCAGCUGCUUUUCAUGCGUCUGUUCACCUGAUUACAGCUGGGCUUCCAGCUGGUUUUCAAAUUGAUUUCCAGCUGGAUUUUCAGCUGCUGUUCAGCUGGUAUAAUGUCACUUUUGUGCCUGUGCCUUCUGCUGCUCUCUAUGAAGUGUCUGUUGCAGCUGUGUGGGUUUGGUUUGUUGGGCCUGUUUACGUGCUUUGUUUGGUUGCUGCUGCUGAUGGGGCAUCUACGGUUAUG